UUAGGGGCGGCCCCCGCAGGGCCAGUCUCCAUGCUCAGACUGCCACAGAGAGGUAACCAUGAGGGGGCCCAGCAAGACGCCUGGAGAAGAAGAAGCGCAGGAGGAAGAGGCUGCUACAGUCGCUGGGCAUCCUGCAGGGGUCACGGAGGACAAGGCAGAUUCAGAUUCCGACCUGGAGACUGAAGACACCCGUGGACUUGGAGAGAUGGCUGAGGCUCCCCACUACUCGGGGUCUUGCUGGGCCCGCGGUGCUGGGCCUGCCCCCUGCUUUCUGCGCCAAGGGAGCUCCCCAGAGCUGAGCCUGCGACACCGUGGCCUGGGGCCUCAGGGGGCACAGGCUCUGGCUUCUGCGCUGAUCUCUAAUCCCCAUGUAAGGCGGCUGGACCUUCGGGACAGUGGGCUCCGUGGGGCUGAUGUGGAAAUCCUGGCACGUGCCGUGAGCAAAAACAGCAGCAUCUGUGAUGUGGACCUGUCGGAGAACCUGCUGGGAGCAGUGGCAGCCCAAGCCCUCUGUGCCUCCCUCACGGUGAACCAAGUUGUACAGAAGGUGCAGCUGGCAGGGAACCACCUGGAGGAGCAGGCAGCCCAGCACCUUGCUGAACUUCUGCUUGCCCAUACAAGCCUGAAAUCCCUGGACCUGAGUUACAACCAACUGAAUGACCAAGCAGGGGAGAUACUUGGUCCGGCCCUGGCAGAAAACACAGGACUCACCCAGCUUAACAUAAGCUGGAAUCACCUUCGAGGCCCAGGAGCCGUAGCCUUUGCCAAGGGUUUGGAGGCAAACAUCUUCCUGAAAGUGCUGGACAUCUCUCACAAUGGCUUUGGAGACCCUGGAGCCUCUGCCGUGGGUGAGGCACUUGCGACCAACAAUGUGCUGGAGGAACUCAGCAUGAGCAAUAACCGCAUCUCUGCAACGGGCGCCCUGAGGCUGGGCCUGGGCCUCCGGGUCAACCAGACACUAAGGAUCCUUGUUGUGUCGAGGAAUCCUAUGCAAAGUGAAGGCUGCUUUGCUGUUCUCAAGUCUGUCCAGGAUAAUUCAGCAUCUGCCAUAGAACUGCUGGAUUUCUCUAAUAUCCACGUGAACAGAGAGUUUGAUGACCUUGCUAGUUCCACGAAGGUAAUUCUCCCAGCACUUUGCAUAAAGACUGCUGCUCAUAGAGUGGAAUACAAAAAAGAGUUGCUGCCAGUGUCUGACCCUAAAUGACUACGGAGUAUGGCUUCCUCAUCUCCCAUCAGUCACUUCAGCUCUCAUGCUGAGGAUUCUGGCCGUUCAGAUGCCUUAUUGCCCCUUGAGUCUGAAUUGAGUCUCCUGUCAACCAGGUGGUAAGUCCUGUGGAGCCAACCUUCACCGUGACUUGAUACCCUGUGGCCCCUGCACUAAUUGGGACCUUCCUUUACCUUCACUCAACACAGACUCAUAUUAUGUGCUGCAAAUUGUGCUGGGCAGUGUGUCAAAGGUGCCCAAACAACCUUUUUCCCUGGUGCUCUACCUUGGAAGGCAAUUGAAAUGUAAGGAGGUAUGCAACUGAUAUGCCCAAAUUCAACGUACAGAAUGCAUGCUGACACAACUUUUUGGGAAGGCAAUUUAUUAUUAUGCACGCUAAACUGCCGGUGCCCUCUGUUCCAAUGGUCUGAUUAAUCUCAUCUAAGAAAUAACUAGAGAUGGAUACAAGGAUUAGUGCCCAAAGAUGUUCAUUGAAAUGCUGUUUACAACCAUGGAAACUGGAAAUGGUCUAAAUGUCCAAUAAUAGGGGAUUGGCUAGCUAAGAGGUGGAACUCUGGAAAUAGUAAAACCCCAGCAUGUUUUUACUAAUGUUACUAAAUGUUCAAAUGACAUUUAACAAUUUAUGAAAACGUACACGAUUAAUGCUAAGUGAGAAAGUCAGGAUAAAAGUCUCGCAUGGUUUGUCUGGAAAUCUUCAAAGGCUUAAACAUAGGGUUACCCUAUGGCCCAGCAAUUCCAUUCCUAUGGAAACGAAAAUAUUUGGUCCACACAAAAACUUCUUCACAAAUGUUCAUAGCAGUAUUUUUCAUAAUAUCCACAAGGUGAAAUUGCCCACCACCUGAUCUGUGGAUAAAAAAAAUAUGGUAUACCCAUAUAAUGAAAUAUUAUUUUGCAAUAAAAGGUAGUGACAUUUGGAGUGAUGAAUCUUCUAAUUUGAUUAUGGUAAUAGUUGCACAACUCUGUAAAUAUGCUAAAAAUUGAAUUGUAUGCUUUAAAUAGGUGAAUUGUAAGGUAUGUGAACCGCAAGUCAAUAAAGUUAUGUAAAAGAAAAAGGAAGGGAUGGCAGGUGACACAACAUGGAUAAACUUUGGAAACAUUAUGUAUGUGAGUGAAAGAAGUCAGUCACAAAGACCAUCUUCUGGAUCAUUCCAUGGGUAUGAAAUGUCCAAACCAGGAAAAAUCUGCAGCGACAGAAAGUACAGUAGAGGUUGCCCAAGGCAACCUUGGGGGUUGGAGGGUUGACAACUGGAAGAUACGGAUUUCUUUGUGAGAUCAUAAAAAUGUUUUAAAAUUGGUUGUGAUGAUGGUUACCCAACUCUGACUAUACUAAACGACAUCGAUUUGUACACCAUCUUACAUGGGUGAAUUGGAAAACAUGAAUUAUCUUGAUAAAGCUGUUACCAAAAAGUCAUAUUAUUGGAUCCAAACUGUAUUUUUAAGUGUGUGAAUGUAUAUACACAGGGGGAAAAAAAGGAGCGGAACCCCCAACUUAUUGGCAAUGUUUAUUUCUAGGGGGUGGGUUUAUGGGUUUUUUUCUUUAUGUUUUUAUGUAUUUUCUACAUUUUUUUACUUUGAGUGUUACUUUUAUAAUCAGAAAAAUUAAUAGUGUCACCAGACAAGGGAGCAGGCCCAGGGCCCCUAGUUCCGAUCUCGUCCUCCAACAACACAGGCUGGCAAACCAGUCACUGUCUACUGCUCCACCCACUGGAAAUCAGAGGGAUGGACUUAGGGGCCAUUUGAGACUCUGUGGUCAAGACUGAAAAGUGGAUCUCACAGACAUUGGUGAGGGCAGGCAAAGACUCAGCAUUUAUUGCUUAGUGAAAGAGCAAGGAAAGUUCUGGGGCGGGGGUGGCCUCUCUGGAUGUGAAAGAGACUCUCCGAAGAGCCUGAGCUAGGGGUCUGCACAGGUUUGGGAGCUGGGGUGUUGUAAUAGUGUAAUCCCCAGGGAAAGGGAAGAUUCCAGGUUCUCUGCCCCACCCUAAGGAAGGGCGGAGCUGGGCAAGGUGGUAAACUAGAAAUGACUGGGGAAAGGGCUGGAGGAAAGAGAAGAAGCAGAGAGAGAUGGAGAAAGAAAGCUGGAGGAAAGACAUGUGAAGCCGUGCUUGCUUCUUGGCCUUGGACAGAGCCAGGGACUUGGUGACGUGAAAAGAGACACUUGAAAGAGACAUGGGUGAGGCCUCCCCGGUGGCGCAGCGGUUGAGCGCUGG